CAGUGUUACGAAAACGAGACCUCUCGGCAUGCGGGGCAUGGCAGUUAUCGCUCCGCCGGGUGCGCUGCCCGCCUUUUGGGGGAAUUCUGCUUUGCCUCCGCCACUCGAGUCGGGCAUCUCGGAGUAACUAAUAAUUUCAGCUGCUGUUGACUGCUACCCGAAGGCUCCAUGCCCAUCUCAGCAGCUGAUGAUGGAACUGAAUCACCGAGUACUCCCGCAGGACACACUCGCAGUCUCCAGUCAAGAGCCUUAACAGCCGCGCAGCCUGUCUCUCGUCAGCUCGCCUGCACCGCUGACACAGUCCACCGACCUGGAAGCCUUCUGGAAGCCACCAUGGCCUGUCAACUCAGAUCCGCGAUCGGACGGCGGGUGAUCACUGCUCGCACCCACAUCAGCGCCUCUUCACGUGCUGCCAGGCACAACAGCAGUCAGGCCGACAUGUCCAUUUCUACACCGGGUGGACGAGACGAUCGCAGAAAAGGCGGCCAGCGGGCGGUGUCGCAUCCGUCACACCUCCUUUCCGUCACACGGGGGGCGGACCACCGUUGCUCACCGCCCACCGCCAGUCCGCUCUUUCGGGACCCAGCGGUCCGCACUUGUCACUGGGAAUCCACCCGGGCCCAGCAAUUCCAUGUGGCCCUGUCGUGGCUUGCAGAUGUGUUCGAGCGGCGGACCCUGCAACUGGCCGCUAAUGCACCCGCUCCCCUGUUUCUUCCGGGAGGCCUGGCCCUGGACUGGGCCAGCAGUCGUGUGUGUCGUGGUCUGCCCCCUGGUCUGUCUCGUCUGUCUUGAGCUCACCGACUUCUUGCCCCCAGACUCUUCGGUGUCGGUGCCUCUCUGCCUCGUCUCUUGUUUUCCCGAUGCGGCCCCAACGUGCCAACGUGCCAGCCUGCCAGCUAACUAACGCAAGGGGCAGCGGGGCUCCCGGGGCAAGUUUUUCGGGUUCUGCAUGCUGUCUCGCCCGGCAAAGUUGACGGUCGGCGCUGUGGUAGGCUGCUG